AUGGCCUCCCUCCCCUCACAACACCCGUCGCUGGCCCUCCACCUAACAGACCGCGCCCUCAACCCGAUCCUGACCUCGGCGCACUCCCAAUCCCAACUCGAGGCACUCACCUCCCUGACGACGACCUCUCUGAUCGCCCACGCCGCCGCAAACCGCUUCUCCCUCGGCCCCGCACAGCGCAUCAUCGUCGAGCACGGCCCGGGCAGCCCCGUCGUCCUAGCCUCCUUCCUCAACGGCGCCGAUGCCCUACCGAACUCGGGCGGAGAGAGAUCCGUCCCUUCAGCGUCAGCCGCGGCCAACAAGUCCUCGUCAAGACCCGUAUCUUCUGGCGUUGCCGGCGCGGCCCCGAUAGCAGAGUCAUCUUCAGCAGCGGGGGCGUCGGCGAGAGCGGUACCCGAGACGGGCAAGCUGGGCGAAGAGCCAGAAAACGCGGCGCCGAUGCUGGUCGGCAUGGUGGUCGCGGCGACUGGCGAGGAAGCCAUGGAGGCGCGCCGCGCCGCGGGUAGACUCGAGAGGGUGGGCAGAGAGUUCCAACGAGAAUGGGCGGCCGAAGAAGGGACGGGCGACGCAGACGGCCUUGGUCGUUGA